GGCUCCGGAAACGUGCGCUGCCGGGCUGCUGGGUUCAUCCCCGCGCUGUCGGCUCCGUGGCGCUUCCUGCCACGCCGGGCCUGGCCGGGCCGCGUUAGCGCAGCUCCGCCGAGGAUCGGGCGUGGGCUGUCCGUAAGUGUGGAUGAGCUACCGAGCCGCAGGAGGAUGUGCCGGUGACGCGAACGAGUGUGCCGGACGGAGGUGGGAGCUUCCCUGCCGGACAGAGUGCUUGGAUCUCUUAUAAAGCACAAUGAGUCAUCCGUCAGUGUCUCUGUUGGCGCCACCUGCUCCCCAAGGUCUUGCCCUCCCCCAGGACGGAGCCCCAAGAACCCAGGUCCUGGCAGUCCCUCUUGAGAUGCCAGAGGCCCAGGGCUUGGUGACAGUUGAUGAAGUGGCAUGGUGCCUCACAAAAAGAGAGUUGUUGAGGCUUGAUCCAGAGCAGAGGACACUGGCACAUUACAGGAAUGUGGCCUCCGUGGGAGGUCCUGUUCUGAACCCUGCCUUGGUCCCUCAGCUGGCACAAGGGCAAGUGCUGUUGGCACCAGACCCAGCUCUCAACACAGAUCGUGCUACACAGUUUGGCCGCAGCUCUGUGAUCCAGCACCACACGAUGGGUGAGGAAGCUCAGCCCCAGGAAAUGGCGCCCGCCAGCUGCCCGAGGGCCAGUGACCCCAGCACUGAGGUCAAAGCGAAUGGGGACUUGGAGGGCAGGGGAGGGAGCCACCAGGACGGGCCCAUAGAGCAUCACUUUGCAUGUAAGGAGUGUGGGGACACUUUCCGGCUGAAAGUGCUCCUCGUUCAACAUCAGAGAGUUCACAGAGAGGCCAAGAGCUGGGAGUGUGGCGAUUGUGGGCAGCUCUUCCGUGGGCUGGCCGAGCUUAACGAGCACAAGAAGGACCACGUGGCCGCCGAGCCCCGGCCUGGGCCCAGCUGGGCGCUGGAGGAUGCAGUGGCCAAGAGGGAGCAGCUAGAGAGGGAGGCCAAGCCCUUCGAGUGCACAGAGUGCGGGAAGCGCUUUAAGAAGAACGCGGGUCUGAGCCAGCACCUGCGGGUGCACAGCCGCGAGAAGCCCUUUGACUGCGAGGAGUGUGGCCGCUCCUUCAAGGCCGAUGCGCACCUUGUCCGUCAUCAGAAGUUGCACAACUCUGACAAGCCAUUCGCCUGCCGGUCAUGCAGCCGGGAUUUCCUGGAUCGCCAAGAGCUGCUCAAGCACCAGAGGGCGCACACUGGUCAUCUGCCAUUCGACUGCGACGACUGCGGCAAGUCCUUCCGCGGUGUCAGCGGCCUGGCUGAGCACCAGCGCAUCCACAGUGGGGCCAAGCCCUAUGGCUGCCCGCACUGCGGCAAGCUCUUCCGCCGCAGCUCUGAGCUCACCAAGCACCGGCGCAUCCACACAGGCGAGAAGCCUUACGCAUGUGGCCAGUGUGGCAAGGCAUUCCGCCAGAGCUCCAGCCUGCUGGAGCACGCACGUAUCCACAGCGGUGAGCGGCCCUACGCAUGUGGCGAGUGCGGCAAGGCCUUCCGUGGGCCCUCUGACCUCAUCAAGCACCGGCGCAUCCACAGUGGACUAAAACCCUACGAGUGCGACAAGUGCGGCAAGGCUUUCCGCAGGAGCUCUGGCCUCAGCCGCCACCGACGCAUCCACAGCGGAUCACGGCGCUGCGAGUGCAGCGAGUGUGGCCGCGUGUUCAAGCGGCGCUCCGCGCUGCAGAAGCACCAACCGAGCCACCGCGAGUAGGCGGGAAGGGUUCCCUGGGGCUCCGGGGCCUGGUCAAAGGAGAUGAAGUUGCAUCGCGCUUGUGUAUCUUAGCGUCUGGAAAAGGGUGAAACCGAUCUCUACUGCCACCAGCAAUUUCUACGUGUACACGUUGUCCAUUGUGCCCAUCGAGAAUAGCUUUUGCAUUGUGAGUUCCAGUGGUGAGGGGUUCGUGACAGCAAGCACCAGCGACAGUGCAUGCAGGCAAGGGAGGGGGCUGGGCGGGGCGGCAGCUGCAGGCUCCCCCUCCCCCUCAGGGAAACAAACCCAGCUGUGCAGCCUUGAAGUUACUCGCUAGCAUGAGACACUGACUACCCCCACCCCUGCCUCAGCAGGUUGCCGCAGAGGUUUUUGGCCUACUUGAAUUUUUAAAUUUGUAGGGAUGUAAAUAUGAUGCUCAGAUAUCUUCUAAUAUUUAAUUUAUUAAUGCAGUGAUACAUACAUACAUAUUGUAAAUCGCUUAUUAUAUAGAAUAAUAUAUUGAUUGAGAAGAAACCCUUUUUUGCCCGCUCCUUUUCAGAAACUUCUAUGCUGACUCCUGCCGUGAGUUCUGACUUCACCGUCCUUGCCUACAGGGAGCCGCCUUUGAGCAGUCAGUUUCAAAACGUGACAGCACUGGGACAGUCACUGCAGGGAGCUUGCCUGGGAGGCCUCCUCCAGGCAGCUGAGCAGAGGCAUACGCCCU